CUUCAGUCCAACGAGGUGGAACUUUGUAGUACCAUACAAUUCCCCUCUCAUAAACCUCUCAAACUCUUCUACCCUUAUCCCCUCCUUCUCCCUUCUUCUUCCUCCUCUUCAUUUUCUCCAAAUACCUCUUCACCUCUGUGGUAAUGGCCUGUCCUUCGUCAAUCAUAGGAGUCUCCUCCAUAUACCAAACGACCCCUUCUCUAGAACUUUCAAAAAGGUCCACUUCAACCCCACCUCUGUCUCUCCCUUUUCCUGCUGAAAAAUCCCAUUUUUAUGGCCUAAAAGUUACUGCUACUUCCGCAGCUUCUUCUUCUAGUAGUAAUGUUCAUUUGCGUUCAAAUGGGAAUUCUGGGAGUUCUUUUGUUGCUUCAGCUGUGGUGACUCCUAAUUCUUCUGUGCUUAGUGAAGAGGCCUUUAAGGGGCUAGGGGGUUUUGGGAAAGGCUCUUUCGAUGUUAGUGAGUCUGAAUAUGGUGACGAGUCUGAAGGAGAAUUCGAUGCUGAAGAUGGGGAGGUAGUUGGAGAUGAAUUGGCUAUUUCUAAGCUGGGGCUGCCUCAGAAGCUUGUGGAAAUACUUGAGACUCGAGGAAUCACACAUCUUUUCCCUAUUCAAAGAGCUGUAUUAGUGCCAGCAUUAGAAGGUCGAGAUAUAAUUGCUCGGGCGAAGACCGGAACAGGAAAGACAUUAGCUUUUGGAAUUCCAAUUAUUAAAAGGCUCAGUGAAGAUGAAGAAGAAAGAGGUCCUAGGAGGCGGUCUGGACAGCUUCCCAAGGUUUUGGUCCUUGCACCUACUAGGGAGUUAGCCAAGCAAGUAGAGAAAGAAAUCAAAGAGUCAGCACCAUAUCUAAAUACUGUUUGUGUUUAUGGAGGAGUUUCUUACAUUACUCAGCAAAAUGCAAUUUCACGUGGAGUUGACGUGGUGGUGGGAACUCCUGGUAGACUUAUUGAUCUAAUCAACAGUGGCAGUCUGAAACUUGGAGAAGUUCAAUACUUAGUCCUUGAUGAAGCUGAUCAAAUGCUUGCUGUUGGAUUUGAGGAAGAUGUGGAAGUAAUUUUAGAAAAGCUUCCAUCAGAGCGACAAAGCAUGCUUUUUUCGGCAACCAUGCCUGGUUGGGUAAAGAAACUGGCUAGGAAGUAUUUGGAUAACCCAUUGACCAUUGAUCUGGUUGGUGAUGAGGAAGAAAAGCUGGCUGAAGGGAUCAAGUUGUAUGCCAUACCAACCACUGCAACCUCUAAGAGAACUAUCCUUAGCGAUCUUAUAACAGUCUAUGCAAAGGGUGGAAAGACCAUUGUGUUUACACAGACAAAGAGAGAUGCUGAUGAAGUUUCAUUAGCACUAACAAAUAGCAUAGCCUCAGAAGCACUGCAUGGAGAUAUUUCUCAGCACCAGAGAGAGAGAACUUUGAACGGUUUUAGGCAAGGGAAAUUCACUGUCCUGGUUGCCACUGAUGUUGCAUCUCGUGGGCUUGAUAUACCAAAUGUAGAUUUAAUUAUCCAUUAUGAAUUGCCUAAUGAUCCUGAGUCAUUUGUGCAUCGCUCUGGCCGAACGGGACGUGCAGGAAAAGAAGGCAGAGCAAUUCUUAUGUUCACAAGUAGCCAGAGGCGAACAGUCAAAUCGCUUGAGCGUGAUGUUGGCUCUAGAUUUGAUUUCAUUAGCCCACCAUCUAUUGAAGAGGUUUUGGGAUCAUCAGCUGAGCAAGUGGUGGCCACCCUUGGUGGGGUUCACCCUGAGUCUAUAUCAUAUUUCACUCCAACUGCUCAACAAUUGAUGGACGAACAAGGAGUUGAUGCUCUUGCUGCAGCACUUGCACAGUUGAGUGGUUUUUCACGACCACCGUCUUCUCGUUCUCUUAUUACUCAUGAGCAGGGAUGGGUUACAUUGCAGUUGAUACGUGAUUCUGGUGCUCGAGGAUUCUUAUCAGCUAGAUCUGUUACAGGGUUUCUCUCUGAUGUUUAUUCAACUGCUGCUGAUGAACUUGGAAAAAUCCAUCUGAUAGCAGAUGCCAGGGUUCAGGGUGCAGUAUUUGAUCUUCCAGAGGAGAUUGCAAAGGAGCUACUAAACAAGGAGUUACCACCUGGAAACACUAUUUCCAAGAUUACAAAGUUGCCGGCUUUGCAAGAUGAUGGCCCCCCAAGUGAUUAUUACGGCAAAUUUUCAAACAGAGAAAGGGGUUCGCGAGGAAGUUUUAGGGAUCAAAGGGGUUCCAGAUCUUCCAGGAGUUGGUCCAGCAGUCGGGUCUCUGAUGAUGAGGAUGACUUUAGGCGAGGAGGUUGGGGUAGCAGAAGUGGUAGCCGAUUUUCUGACAACGAUGACUUUAGUCGAGGAGGGAGCAGGGGAGGCAGAAGUGAUUGGUUAAUCAGUGAUAAACGAUCAAGCCGGUCAGCUCCUUUUGGGAGUAAGGACAGAGGCUUUGGUGGUGCAUGCUUCAACUGUGGUCGGAGUGGCCAUAGGGCAUCCGAAUGCCCUAACAAGCAACGUUACUAGUUUGGCGAUUGGUACCGUGCAUCAAGCUAGUCUUUUGUGCGCUUGAAGGUUUCCGACUAUGCUGAAAUUUGGAUCUCCUGAUCUUUUCAUGCCAAGGGUAGUUCUGACGGUCCAACAGGUGGAGGAGGAUGAUCCCGAAUUAUGGCAAACAAGCUGCUUCAAUGAUUUCUGGCUCCCAGGCACUUCUUUUGUCCAACCCCUCACCAAAUUAGUCAAUGAUGCGAUAGUCAUUCUAAUUAUUUUCUGUGACGGCAAGCUUUCAUUUUUUGCACCAUAUUCAGGCAGUGUUCUCUAUAUAACACAUGACGUCCUGGCACUUGUGCCGAUACUUGUUGAGACAACAUGCCCUCCUAGUCUUUAAGUGGAUUCUGAUUCUUAAUUGACAGGUUUCAGCAAAUGUUCCGUGGUAAUUUUGGAAGUCAGAUGCAAUAGAAAAUUUUAUACCAUGAUUCUGAUCAA